AUGAAGCUCAGCCAGGCCACCGCCAUGCAAGUACGCACAUCACUAGCCGCUGUCACUAGCAACUGCAACUCCUCCAUCCAUAUUCAUCGCAAUUUUGGUGUCGUCGCGAAGCCUUCAGAUCGGGCGUACGACGUUUUCAUCAACCACCGUGGGGCGGAUACAAAAGGGAACAUUUCGGGUUUGUUGUAUGAGCGUCUUUCGAAGAUGAUAGGUCUCCACACGUUUUUGGACAAAAAAAGCCUGUAUCCCGGGGAUAAGUUGUUGUCGGAGAUAGACGCGGCGAUAAGAAACUGUAAAGUUGCGGUGGCGGUGUUUUCUCCAAAGUAUUGCAAAUCGUAUUAUUGUCUCUACGAAUUGGCUCUUAUAAUGGAGAGUAAAAAGAGGUUGGUUCCAAUAUUUUGGAACAUUCAACCUUCUAGACUUAAGGUAAAGAACAUCAAAAAGUAUGAUCCAAAUGAGCUUCACAGAUUCAGAUGGGCUCUUGAAGAAGCUAGAUCAACUGUUGGUCUAACAUUUGAUUCAGCUAAAGGGUACGGCGGCAGCAGGCGGCGGCAGCAGGCGGCGACUGUCUUCAAUCGACGGGGGCAGUCUUCAAUCACCGGCGUCGUCGAUCCAAGCGUGGGCAGCGAACAGCGUCUUCGAUCCGAGCGGAGGCAGCGACUUGGCGGCGGAAAGGGAUCUUCAACCUGCGGCGGCGUCAAUGGGAUGAGAGCUGCGCUGCUUCGUCUUCGAUUGAAGGCUGGAGGACGCGGCUGA